AUGUCCUUUCAGUGCAGAACAUGUGGCCAACUCUUAAAUGCUGAGCAGAUGAUGAAACAUCUCUCAACUACCAGGCAUAAAACUGCCUUCGAUACUUCAAAUGAUGAAGACAUUUGCUGUGAAGAAUGCCAAGAUGCAAAUAUUCACCAGCUUCAAAUCAUCAGGUUUGGAGGCGAAGAUAUGAUCUUACUUUGUAAUUCAUGUUUUCGAAAAGAAUAUUCAGAGACGGAACGUCCGUCAACUAGCUAUUCGUUGCAAAACGGUUCCAUAUUAAAGUUUUGGGAGAAGUAUGUUAAGGUCAGGGAGUGUUGUUGUGAUAACUGUGGAGAAGAGUCUAAUUUGAGUGCAAAUAGGAAUGGAGAAGUAUUGUGUGCUACAUGUUUGCUGAAGUCGAACAGAGAUAAAGACUUCAUUUCUGAAAAAAGUGGAAAAUUUUUAUACAUCUAUUUGGGGCUAAACGAAACACCAAACAGUACUAGAAAGUCCAGAAAAAAGGGUGGGAGAAGAGUUGGCAGGGGAAAGAAGGGCAGAAAGGAUAGUAAGAUUAAGAAGGAGAAAAAGGAAACUUUCGAGGCCAAAAUAAGUAGAAUAGCAUAUGAAGUCAAGAAAGAAAAUAGUACUAUUCAAAGCUCUAGCAAUUCCAGUCUAAGAAAUUUCAAAGGAUUUAAAGCAGUGGAAAGCGAUCCUAAUAUUGCUGCAAAAGCUAACAAACUAGAAGCCAAUAGGAAUAAUCUUAGUUCGUCAAAUGUACACAAAGGAAAAGGGAACAAGACAAACAACAGAAAGAAAAAUACUGGAAGUGGGAUAAAGAAAGAGAGAGAGCACAAAAUAUAUACUGAUAAAAAUAAUGAAAAUACGAAGCCUACAUCAGAGACCAGAAAUAAAGCCAAUGGCCGUGCUACAAUAAAUUCUAACGUCAAAAGUAAAAUCAAAUCAGUUGCCAAACCUCAAUUGUCGCAACAAAAGUAUCCGAAUGAAAGCGUGCCGGGAACUAAGAAAGGUGGUAGUUUGAAGAAGGACAAAAAAGUAUAUGCAAACCAAAAGACUAAAGACAAUAGUAAAAGGAGUAAUGAGAAUGCACGAGAACCAAAAUUAAGUUCAACUAGUAGAAAAAGUGUACUUAACAAAAAAAUAAAUAAUCAGCCAGAUAAAAAGACCAGCAAAUGGACAAUCGGCUCUGAUGCUGAAUCUUCCAAAGAACCCAGUGUUAGCCCAAACGGAAAGCUCACUCCGAUUACUAAAACCAGAAAUCAGAAAAAGAGGGCUGAUAAAUCAGCGCUGAAAGAAAGUUCCUUCUCUUCAAUUGUUUCCAAAAAAUCAGAGACAAAAUUACAUCAAGACAAGAGCGUUGUUGAUAAAACCAGGGACGGGAAGCUCAUUUAUGAAGAAGGCGAAACAUUGACUAAAUAUAAUGCCUUCAAACCAACUUUAUCAUAUCCUGAUUUGAAUUCAUACCUAAAUGAUUAUUCGUACGCCCUCUUCUUGGAACAAAGAUUAGAAAACGAUUUUGUUCAGAACUUUAGCAUAUUAUGGCCUCGCAAUGAAAAAGAUACAGCUUUUAUAAUCCAGGUCGACAAAAACAAUAAUUCCGAGCUUGAAAAAUUAUUGCCAGCUAAUUUGCUCGCACUGGGCAGGCCAGCAUUUAAUGAAAGACAACCUUUCUUUUUCUGCACUCAGGAUGAACAACAAAUUUGGUAUAUUUUUAUCAAAGAGCUUUCAAUUCAAAGAGGUAAGUAUGUAUUGUUAGUAGAGCUAUUCUCGUGGAAUAAUUUGAGUUUGCCAACCAAAAAUGGAUCAUCUCAAUUUAAGCUACUGCCAACUUCUGCGCAAACUAGUAGAAUCUUGUUUGCCAUGACACGUAUCACGAACCCAAAGUUUAUUGAUCUGUUGUUGGGCCAGAAGCCUAUUAAAGAGAUUUAUUUCGAUAAUAGGUUGAAGUUCUCAAGCAGCAAAUUGAACAGAUCUCAAAAGACUGCAGUGGAACAUGUUUUAAACAACAGCAUUACAAUUUUACGAGGCCCACCUGGUACAGGUAAGACAUCAACCAUUGAAGAGAUAAUUAUUCAAGUAAUUGAAAGAUUCCAUGCAUUUCCAAUAUUAUGUGUCGCCGCAUCCAAUAUUGCCAUUGAUAAUAUUGCCGAGAAAGUUAUGGAAAAUAGACCACAGAUAAAGAUCUUGAGAAUUUUGUCAAAGAAAAAGGAACAACAAUAUGGUAAUGAUCAUCCACUGGGCGAGAUUUGCCUACACAAUAUUGUGUAUAAAAACCUCUCCCCAGAUAUGCAAGUGGUGGCAAACAAAUCUCGCAGAGGCGAGAUUAUCUCGAAGUCAGAGGAUACAAAGUUUUACAAAGAGAAGAAUCGUAUCACCAACAAGGUCGUAUCUCAGUCGCAAAUCAUUUUCACAACUAACAUCGCUGCUGGUGGUCGCGAAUUAAAAGUCAUCAAAGAGUGUCCCGUGGUAAUAAUGGAUGAAGCAACACAGUCCUCAGAGGCUUCGACGUUAGUCCCACUCUCAUUACCUGGUAUAAGAAAUUUCGUUUUCGUCGGUGAUGAAAAGCAAUUAUCAAGUUUUAGUAACAUCCCUCAGCUGGAAACCUCGCUAUUCGAAAGAGUUUUGUCAAACGGUACUUACAAGAACCCACUAAUGCUGGAUACACAGUACAGAAUGCAUCCAAAGAUUAGCGAAUUUCCCAUCAAGAAAAUCUAUAACGGUGAAUUGAAAGACGGUGUGACGGAUGAACAAAAGGGAUGGCCUGGCGUACAACAUCCAUUAUUUUUCUAUCAAUGCGAUUUGGGGCCCGAGAGCAGAGUUAGAAGCACACAAAGGGAAAUAGUCGGGUUUACGUACGAAAACAAACAUGAAUGUGCAGAGAUUGUAAAAAUCAUCCAAAUACUAAUGUUAGACAAGAAAGUGCCGCUGGAAGAAAUAGGUGUCGUAACGCCCUAUUCUGCACAGCGUGACCUCUUGUCCGACAUUUUGACCAAAAAUGUAGUUAUCAACCCCAAACAGAUUUCCAUGCAACAAGAAUAUGACGAAAUCGAACUAUUUAACGCGGCCGGAUCCGAAGGAGCCGCCAGUAGCCUACAAAACAAUGUGAUUAACAUCAUUAAUGGCCUGCACGUCGCGACUGUGGACUCCUUUCAAGGGCACGAGAAAUCUUUCAUCAUAUUUUCAUGUGUCAGAAAUAACACCGAGAACAAAAUCGGCUUUUUACGUGACAAGAGAAGGCUAAACGUGGCAUUGACAAGAGCCAAGCACGGACUAAUCGUGGUGGGGAACAAGAAUGUCUUAAGAAAGGGAGACCCACUAUGGAGAGACUACAUUGAUUACCUCGAGGACCAAGAUGCCAUAUUCACGGAUCUAGCACUCUACUAA